AUGUCUUCAGCUACAAAUUGUUUUGGUGAUGGGCCAGGAGCCCAAGAAAUAAUGGGCCGAAACUUUGGGAAUCGGAAACAAGCCAUAGAAGUAUGUUCCUCUAUUCCCCUUCUGGGGUGUUUAGUAGGAACUCUUUUUCACCUUUUCACAGCUUAUGACUCAACUUCAGCAACUGCAACAGUCACUAGUGAUACUUCUUUGUUGACCGAUGAGGUAAAUGAUCAUCAAGCAGCUGCUUGUAACAGAGCAGCCCAGAAGCAUUUCCGGCAAGUUCAACACAUCCCCGGAGCUUAA